AUGUCCCUCCGCUCUUUGCUCGCCCGCAUCCUUGCGAUCCUCCUCCCUCUCACCACCGCAGCCACAAUCUACCUAUAUCUAUACCCCGUCUUCAAUGGCUGCGCAUUCCCUCUCCCUCGCUCCCAGGUAGCGAGCUCCAAGUCCCCUUCACUACAAGACAAAAUUCACCAAAACCCCUUCACAAACACCCUCCUGCAACACCUCCACGCCCCGGACUCCGCAACGGACAGCCCACCCGCCAUCUUCAGACUCCUAGUCCUCGCAGACCCCCAACUGGAAGGCGACACAUCCCUUCCAUUCCCAGAAUAUGAACUCGUCCCCCGCAUGCGAACACACUGGCGCGCCAUCCAAUACGCCAUCAGCAACGCCUCAACCACAACGCCCGCACCGCUCUCCCUCCUGAGCCCGCACGUGCUCUCAAACAUCACAACCGGUCUCUGGACACUCGCAAGCGAAGAUAUCCCCCGCUCGCUGAGCGCCGUCCAAAAGCGCGUCGAUCUCCUCGGAAACGACUUCUACCUUGCGCAUAUCUACCGCACGCUCUUCUGGUGGACUCGCCCUACACACACCACCGUCCUUGGCGAUCUGCUAGGAAGCCAAUGGAUCACGGACGAGGAAUUCGACGACCGGAGCAAGCGCUACUGGAACCGCGUCUUCCGAGGCGGUCUCCGCGUUGACGAUGAUACUACCUGGACCGGUGCCGUGGCCAGCCACCCCGCGGACCAGGAUAAAUCCGAUAAGCACCUCGAGCCCCUAGGCCCGGGCUCCGAUCCAGACUGGCCAAGACGCAUCAUCAAUGUUGCCGGGAACCACGAUAUCGGGUACGCGGGGGAUGUGAGCGAGGCACGGAUGGACCGCUUCGAGCGUGAAUUCGGUCGCGCAAAUUGGGAUAUCAGGUUCCAGCAUCCGCCUGUUCUGCGUGGCAUCAAUGAUAGUACCGUUUCGGAUGGCUCGGGCAGCUCUGCGGUCUCGUCCGUCACGCCCACGUUGCAUGUUAUCAACCUUAACACCCUUAUCAUGGAUACCCCCGCGCUGUCAUCUGAGCUUCAGUCCCAGAGCUACGUCUACCUAAAUGACCUGAUUAGUCACCGGCUCUACCCGGUGGGAGAUAAAUCGGUCUUUACGUUGCUGCUUACGCAUCUGCCUCUGCACAAGAAGGACGGCAUCUGCACUGAUGGGCCGUUGUUCACUUUUCAUGAGGAAGACGAUGAUGAAGGUUUGGACGGUGUUCCGCGCUUUUUGGCCGGCGGUUUGCGCGAGCAGAACCAUUUGAGUGAUUUUGUCAGUGACACUGGUAUUUUACGAGGUAUUUUCGGUAUGAGCGGGGAUGAGCAUGCGCCUGUGGGUGGUCAUGGACGGAAGGGGCUGAUCCUUACUGGCCAUGACCAUACGGGCUGCGAUGCAGUUCACUAUGCCGAGCAGGUGACUGCAGAUAAUACAGAGGAAAGUGGCGAGGAGGCGAACGGCUCGCAGAAUUGGAAAUGGGCUGCCAGGCGGUAUACGGAGAAGCACGACUCGAAUACUUCGACAGAGCCGCCCUCCAUCCGCGAGGUGACCCUUCGUUCUAUGAUGGGAGAGUUUGGUGGCAACGCUGGACUUCUUUCUGUGUGGUUUGAUGCUGAUUUGGGCGAGUGGGAUUAUGAGAUUACCAUGUGCCCUGCUGGGGUGCAGCAUAUUUGGUGGGCGGUACAUGUUGCUGUUUUGGUGACUGUGAUUGUUGGCUUGCUUUGGGUUUUAGUGGGAUUGGUUCAGGCUGAGGAGUCUGGGAGCAAGAAAGCCAUAUAUACGAGUUCACAUGCAAAGACGGGAAAAAUAAGUGAGAAUGGCUGGGUUGGAGAAAAGAAGGACUCGAAAAUACGAGGCUCGGGAGAGUUGCGACAAAAGAAAUGA